AUGGUCGACCUUCGCGGCGCCGACAUGCGUAAUGGAGAUUUCAUGGGAGCCAUGAUCCGUCGCGCCGAUCUGUCGGGCAGCUACCUGAACGACGCCCAUUUCUAUCGGGCCGACCUGCGGGAGGCAAACCUCAGCAGCUCUCUCGCCCCCGGCGCCAACCUCCGCGGAGCCGACCUCCGGGGCGCCAAUCUGUCCGGCAUCAACAUGGACCGCGCCACCCUUUCCGAAGCCAACCUUUCCGGCGCCAACCUGACCAACGCCAACUUCGACCGCGCCCACCUCGACCGGGCCAACUUGUCCGGAGCCGACCUUACUGGCGCCAGCUUAAACGGGGCUAACCUCUCCCGCACCAACCUGUCCGGCGCCACGCUGAACGCAGCCGAUUUUUACGAAGCCAUCCUGAACGACGUAUCCACCGACGCGGCCGACUUCAACAACUGCAUCAUCGGAUACACCGUUUUCCAAAACUGCGCCCUCGACGGCGCCAUUGGUUUGGACAGCAUCCGCCACGAUGCCCCCAGUACCAUCGGCCUGGACACAUUGGUCCGGUCGGGCGGCCUGCUCCCUGAAUCAUUUUUCCUCGGUUCCGGCGUCCCCUUGUUCGUAUCCGGUUUCCAGAACGCCGUAACGGGCGCCACCAUUUCCACGGUAGAGGUUCACAUCUCCUGCGCCGCGGCAGACAUACCUUUUGCCCGUGAACUCGAAGCAAGCCUACGGGCGCAAGGACUUCGCAGUUGGGUGUUUGCCGAGGGCUUUCGCGGCAAUCCCCUGGUCGACCGCCGCGCCACGUCCGGCGAAGAAGAGAUCGAACGGUGGGUGCGGCACUACAACCGGCUCAUUGUUUUGUGCACCGCCUCAGGGCUUGAUAGCGAAACCGUACGCAACGACAUUACCGCCGCCCAGGAAUCCCAAAACACUUCAGAUCGGUGGACAAUAUUCCUCGUGGACGCCGAUGGGACCAUGGCCGCGGGACGCAAUCGCUCCGCCCGCCUGUUGGCCGAAGACCACCGGAUUUUCGACCUCACCGGGCAGCAUCGUCUACCGAAGAAUACCAGGCCGCUUUGGCCGACCUCAUCGCAAAUUUGA